UCCGGGCCUGUCACCGCACUUAACGCCCACCCGGGGCCGCCAGUCAACAACCGAGCCACUUUUUCCAGGCUGGAUCCCAGUCCCCAGCCCCGCCUCGAGCCUUGUUCCCGCCCUUAAUCCCGCUCCGUGGUUUAGUUCCAGCCCCUAGCUCAUCCCUAGGUCUCCCGUCACCCCACCAGGCUUGCCCUCGGGUCCCUAGUCACUGCCCCGUCAAGCCUCCGGGCUCUGCCCUAACCUCAGCCCCGCCCACAGCCUUGUCCCCGCCUUUGACCCCGCCUCCGGGUGCGUCACCGCCUCAGCCACGCCUUCCGGGCUCAGGCCUGGUUCCCAGCGUGUCCCCUGCGCUCCAUCCAGAUAGGGGGCGGGUCUGUCGCCGGGGCCCAACCUUGUCCCCGCGAGAGAAAAGCUGAAACUCUCCGCCGGCUGCUGGAGGCGGCGGCCUCCGCCUUGCCGGCACCCCCAGCCACCCGCCGCCUGCUGGCCCCCGGAGGGUGAGAUCGUGAAUCCCCUUACAGCCACAAGCGGAAGUGCGUGUCGGCGGGAUCAUGGCGACUUUGGCGGACCUGCCGGACUCAGUCCUGUUAGAGAUCUUCUCUUACCUCCCGGUCCGGGAUCGAAUUCGCAUCUCCAGGGUUUGUCACCGCUGGAAGAGGCUGGUGGACGACCGGUGGCUCUGGCGACACGUCGACCUGACUCUGUACACGAUGCGGCCUAAAGUCAUGUGGCACCUCCUUCGCCGCUACAUGGCAUCUCGGCUCCGUUCCCUGCGGGUGGGCGGCUACCUGUUCUCAGGCUCCCAGGCCCCCCGGCUGUCCCCCGCCUUGAUGAGGGCCCUGGGCCAGAAGUGCCCUAACCUGAAGCGUCUCUGCCUGCACGUGGCUGACCUGAGCAUGGUGCCCAUCACCAGCCUGCCCUGCACCCUGAGGACCCUGGAGCUGCACAGCUGCGAGAUCUCCAUGGCCUGGCUCCUCAAGGAGCAGGACCCCACCGUGCUGCCCUUGCUCGAGUGCAUCGUGCUGGACCGGGUCCCUGCCUUCCGUGAUGAGCACCUGCAGGGCCUGACGCGCUUCCGUGCCCUGCGGUCGCUGGUGCUGGGCGGUACCUACCGCGUGACCGAGACGGGGCUGGAUGCGGGCCUCCAGGAGCUGGGCUACCUGCAGAGGCUGGAGGUGCUGGGCUGCACCCUCUCAGCUGACAGCACCCUCCUGGCCGUCAGUCGCCACCUCCGAGAUGUGCGGAAGAUCCGGCUGACCGUGAGGGGCCUCUCUGCCCCCGGCCUGUCCGUCUUGGAGGGCAUGCCAGCCCUGGAGAGUCUGUGCUUGCUGGGCCCUCUCAUCACCCCAGAAAUGCCUUCCCCGGCUGAAAUCCUCUCUUCCUGCCUCGCCAUGCCCAAGCUCAGGGUCCUUGAGCUGCAGGGGCUGGGGUGGGAGGAUCAGGAGGCCGAGAGGAUCCUGUGUAAGGGGCUGCCCCACUGUAUGGUCAUCGUCAGGGCCUGCCCCAAAGAGUCCAUGGACUGGUGGAUGUGACUGCACCACACAUCCAUGUUGGCUUUCAUGGGUGAGCCCCAGACCCUCUAGACAGCACCUUGCAGAGGGCCCGUAACCAGGUUGAGAGAGCCCAAAGCCACAAGGUAGAACAAAGGCCUUGGGGCCUCCGGA